CACUAUGUUUGCACGUAAAUCUGCAGCCAUGAAUUAUUCACCAAUGAUGGGGCUGACUGAAAACAACUCAGCAACCUACUUGUCCUCAGGAAAUCCAUGUCUGGACUUGUUCUUCCAUGUAGUCCCUGACACCCCUGCUUCUCAGCUCAUCGAACGUCUCGAAGCGUCGUGGGCUCAUGAUCCCUUGACUACCCUGAAGCUCAUCUGCAAUCUUCGAGGCGUUCGGGGCACUGGGAAGACAGAUAAAGAAGGGUUCUACACUGCUGCACUUUGGCUCUUCAAGAACCACCCUAAAACCCUUGCAUGCAAUGUCCUGGUUUACGUGUCGUUCGGGUACUUUAAAGAUUUGUUGGAGAUCAUGUUUAGGGUAAUUCAAGGGGGUGAUGCGAGGAAUGUGAUGAAGGGGGAGUGGGAGUCUGUUAAGGCUGGCUCGAAAAGGAGGUUUGUGGAGAGGAGGUUUCGUGACAUUCAUGUUACUAAAAGUGGGAGGAAGAUGAGGGAUACAAGGAGUGAGGCUAAUGAGAAGAGGAGAGAAAGAGGGGAGGUCUCGAGGGAGGAGAGGAUCGAGGCGAAUAAGGCGAGAGUGAUGGAGGAGAGACAGAGGGCUAAGGAUUUGAGGAGGGAGAGAGAGCUGGAGAGAUCAAAGAAGGCUAUGGAAAUGUAUAAUACUAAUGUGGAUUAUCAGUUGUUGUUUGAGAAUGUUUCUACCCUUUUCGCGAAUUUGUUGAGGGCGGAUAUAGAGUUGGUGAAUUCUGGUGAGGCCAAGAAGAUUAGUUUGGCUGGGAAGUGGUGCCCUACGAUUGAUUCGUCGUAUGAUAAGUACACGUUGAUCUAUGCUAGUAUUGCCAAGAAGGUCUUUCCGCGUGAAUCUUACCCUGAGUAUGAAGGAAUUGCAGAGGAUCAGUAUGUUUAUGAAGUGAGAAAUAGGUUGAGGAAAGAAGUUCUUGUUCCACUUCAUGAGGUGCUUAAGUUGCCGGAGGUUUAUAUGAGUGCAAGGGAAUGGAAUUUGGUUGCUUACAACCGAGUUGCCUCAGUUGCGAUGAAGAAUUACACCAAGAUUUUUAUGGAUCAUGAUAAGGAAAGGUUUACUGAGUACCUUCAGAAUGUGAAACAGGGGAAGGCAAAAAUUGCAGCCGGAGCAUUGCUUCCCCAUGAAAUAAUUAGGUCUUGUUUAAAUUAUUAUAGUGAUUGUGAGGGGGAAAAGAUUGUUGCAGAGCUGCAAUGGAAAAGAAUGGUUGAUGAUAUGAUAAUGAAGGGUAAGCUAAAAAAUUGUAUUGCAGUUUGUGAUGUCUCUGGAAGUAUGAGUGGAACUCCUAUGGAAGUUUCGGUUUCACUUGGGCUAUUAGUCUCUGAGCUAAGCGAAGAGCCUUGGAAGGGACAGGUGAUUACUUUCAGUCAAAACCCUCAGCUUCACAUCAUCAAAGGAGAUACUCUCCAAAAAAAGGCCAACUUUGUUAUGCAUAUGGACUGGGGAAUGAAUACUGAUUUCCAGAAGGUUUUUGAUCGUAUAUUGGAAAUUGCUGUCAGUGCGCAGCUGAGUCAAGAGCAGAUGAUAAAGACUGUGUUUGUUUUUAGUGAUAUGGAGUUUGAUGAAGCCUCUACAAAUCCAUGGAAGACUGAUUACAUGGUGAUUCAGGAAAAAUUCAAGGAAAAAGGGUAUCAGAAAGUGCCUGACAUUGUGUUUUGGAACCUCAGGAACUCCUCUGCAACACCUGUUGCAGCCACAGAAAAUGGGGUGGCUAUGGUUAGUGGUUUUUCAAAGAAUUUGUUAACAAUGUUCUUGGAUGGUGGGGGUGAAAUUAGUCCUGAGGUUGUGAUGGAAGCGGCCAUUUCGGGCACUGACUACCAGAAACUAGUGCUAUACGACUAAAAAUGAAUAUGUAUCUUGUAGAAA